AUGGCGGCAGAGCCGAAGCUGCACGAGGGUCCCCCGUGGUCCGUGCUGGAGCUGGGACUGAGCUGCGUCUUGCUGCCCCUCUCAGCGUUCGAGAAGCCAAAGCAGCCCUGGGGCUGCGUGCUGCAAGACGCCUGCGUUGGAGACCCACAAGCACCAGCCUCAGCAUUACGAGGAGGAGGAGGAGGAGAAGGAACCAUGUUCCAGGCCAAGGGACCCGCCAGCUCGCCCCCAGCUCACGAGGCAAAGAGCAACGCGGCAGGGAGCUCCGUGCAGCGCUCCAAGUCCUUCAGCCUGAAGGCCCAAGUGAAGGAGAUGUGCACAGCCUGCCAGAAAACCGUCUACCCCAUGGAGAGGCUGGUGGCCGAUAAGUUCGUCUUCCACAACGCCUGCUUCUGCUGCAAGCACUGCCACACCAAGCUCAGCCUGGGCAGCUACGCGGCGCUGCACGGCGAGUUCUACUGCAAGCCCCACUUCCAGCAGCUCUUCAAGAGCAAAGGCAACUACGACGAGGGCUUCGGGCGCAAGCAGCACAAGGAGCUCUGGCUGCACAUGGAGGUGGAGAGCGGCACCAAGUCGGCGUGAGCGGGGCCAGCCGCCCCUGUCCCGGAGCCCCG